AUGCCAGUGCCACGCAACUCCAAGACCACAGGCAGUAAACAGCUACGGCCUGGCAAAGCAGGAGCAGUAGAAAAUGUCAGACCCGAGAAGGAGGAGAGCUUUCAAGCAAAGAGGUCCCCGUCCUCACCCCAGGGGGCACCCAAGAAGAGGUCAGCCUUCGGAGACAUCACUAAUGCUCACAAGAACCAGGCUGGCCUGAGGAAGAAGGAUGCUGCGAAGGCAGGUCCCAGGAAGGCGCAGAAGGGCACAGCUGCUCUGGGGGUCUUGAAGAACAAUGAGAUCAACUUUAAAAAGUCAACAAGGAAAACGCCCCCAGCUGAGGCGCCUGUUGAUCCCAAACUGGUUCCCAAAAAUGACCCGGUGCCGGAGGAGCCAGCACCCACGCAGGUGCCUGCCAUUGAGGACAUUGACAAGGAGCAGCUGGGAGACCCGUACGCCAGCGCUGAGUACGCCAAGGAGAUCUUCAAUUACAUGAAGGAGAGAGAGGAGAAGUUCUUGCUCCCGAACUACAUGGAGAACCAGCACGACAUCAGCAGGGACAUGAGAGCCAUUCUGGUGGACUGGAUGGUGGAGGUCCAGGAGAACUUUGAGCUGAACCAUGAGACGCUGUACCUGGCGGUGAAGCUGGUGGAUCACUACCUGGUGGAGGUGGUGAGCAUGAGGGACAAACUGCAGCUCAUUGGCUCCACGGCCAUCCUCAUCGCUUCCAAGUUUGAGGAGCGCUGCCCUCCGUGUGUGGAUGACUUCCUCUACAUCUGUGACGAUGCCUACAAGAGGGAGGAGUUGAUUGCCAUGGAAAUGAGUAUCCUCCGCAUGCUGAAGUUCGACAUCAAUGUUCCCAUCCCAUAUCGCUUCCUGCGGAGGUUUGCCAAGUGCGCUCACGCCAGCAUGGAGACACUGACCCUGGCCCGCUUCAUCUGCGAGAUGACCUUGCCGGAGUAUGACUACGUCCAGGAGAGUGCCUCCAAGCUGGCCGCCAGCUGCCUGCUCCUGGCCCUCAAGAUGAAGAGCCUUGGCGGAUGGAGCCCCACACUGGAGUAUUAUAGCGGGUACAGCUCUCAGGAGCUCCAUCCACUGGUGAAGAGGCUGAACUUCCUGCUGACCUACCAGCACGAUGACAAGUUAAAGGCGGUGCGCACAAAGUACUCCCACCGAGUCUUCUUCGAAGUAGCCAAGAGUGCUCCCAUGGACAUGCUGAAGUUGGAGGUGGCUCUGAAGAGCUAG